GAAGGUACUUUCACUGCCGUGGAAGUUGAUCGUAUUCAACAGUGUGAAGUGACGUGUAGCACCGUGGACAUCUCAGCCGGAUACCUGCCUGAACUUCCCAAAGUGUGAGAAGACUCGUGACUGCAUCCCUGGAUGUGUUUUUAAAGCUGUCCGGAAUUGUUUGAGCUUCACCUUUAACCAAACAAGUUGAUAUCCGGAAACUCAGAGCGCGAAGAUCAGCGGGUUUGUUAGCCUACAAGCUAACAGGAGGAACAGUGUUUGUACCUGAAGUGUCCGUUAUGUAAGUCAGAGAGAUUCUCACCUGAACCAAAACAUGGAAGACAACAGAAAGGACCUCUAUGAGCGUCACUGAUGCGUCUGUAAUCCCUCAGCUGUUAGCUCGCUAACAUUAACACACCACCGUGUCUGAGCAGGUAGGAGGUCCGAGAGCUCUCUGCUGUCAAGAUGAGCUCUCUGCUCCGAGGAGAGGAGAUGUGUUUGGCCCAGCUGUUCCUGCAGUCCGGAUCCGCUUACGACUGCAUCAGUGAACUCGGAGAACUGGGACUGGUGGAGUUCAGAGACGUGAGUCCUUUAAUGCAAAAACUUGACCUCUUAAAACAGCAGAGUAGGGGAGACUGGGGUAGGUUGAGCCAAAGGGUAAGUGGAGCCACCCCCUGUUGAUUGGAAAUGGUCAAAGAAAUUGAUCAUGUGACCAAAUAUUUAGGAGAUGGGCAUCAAUUCAUGGAGUCUGUGAAGGUUAGAAGCACAUGGAUGAAGGGGUUAGACACUUAUUUACAAAAAAACAUGUUUCUCUCUUGAAGUAAGUUUGAUUAGAAUUGUGUUCAGACCAAAAACGAUCAUUUUAAAUUUGUUUUAUACAUCAAUUGUGGUAUCUACGAGCUACAACAUGAGGUCAAAAACCUAACAUAAAAGUCCACCAUUUUAGUUUAGAGGACUAAUAAAGUCAUCAUAGUAGUUCUGGGGUAAGUGAGAAAGUAAAGGAGUCUGAUGAGAGGAUCAGAGUUUUUGUUCAGAUUGUUGAAAUAUUUUUACUUUUUCUUUUCAAAAAUACAGCUGUGAAUGUUCUGAAUCACUUAAAGACAUUCUCAUGACUUUUUACAAAAUAGCUUUUUCGCAGUUAUAUACAAUAAUAAAAAGAAUUAUGGUACCAGUUGAAUAGUGUAUAAUACAUAAAAAAUGCACACGAAUGUGAAGAAGUGACUGUUAUUUAGGGAGAGAGAAGGUGAGGGAGGGCUGGGGAGGAGAGUGGGGGGGUAGUAGGUAGGCCUGGGCGAUUAUAUGAUCGAGGUUAAUGAUCGUGAUAAAUUUCAGUUCAAUCACGGUGAUCAGCUGUGAGCUUAUUUACUCGAUCAAACAUUGUGAAAAUGUGCAUCACAACAGCCAAUCAGAGUCAAGCUUUUCCUGCUCACUUCUGUAAGUUGCCAGAGAAGUGAACAGAGUAACCUAACAUGGAGCUGAGGGCAGGAAAAUAGAUGUCAGCCAUGACUUUGAGUUAUCCUCCGAAGAUGUUGUUGUUGAGAAGAAAAGUUAUUUAACGUCUUGUUUAGUAUUUAUCUUUUUAUUUUUUUAGUUUCAGUACAGAUGCUUUAAAACUGGCAGUUACAAAAAAUCGGGAUAAUAAUCGCGAUCAGACAAUACGAUAAAGUAAAGCGUGAUCAUCUUUUUGGCCAAGUCGCCCAGUCCUAGUAGUCGGUUUGAGUGCAGCUCUGACUAAUGAUUGAAGACCCUCUGAGGUGACGAACCAGAGCAUGUAGUUGGCGAGUAUUUCCAUAAUAAAACACCAUAGUCGUCGAUCUUUCCUUUCUUGAAUUUACUUGGAGGUUUACUUUGCAUAACAAAACGAUACAUUUUACAGAUAAUAAUGAAGAAAUCGAGACUCGAUGUAAACACAGUCAAAACUAUUGUGCUCUCAAAGACCCACAGCUGCACUAAUUACCCAAGAAAAAGCGGCAGGUCUCACAUUGCAUGUCUCCUCCAAUAGGAGAGCUGCAGUAGUAAUUGGCUUCAAUUAUACUAGUACAAUUAUACAACUAGUACAAUUAUCAGUAGUGCACAAAUGGCUCUAACAGUAGGGAUACGGCUCAACUUACCCCGCUCCUAUGGUCAACUUACCCCAAACAUGGGGCAGACCACUUUUUUUUGUCAUGCUACAUUAUCAAGACAGUUCUGUUUACACUCAUUCUGUUGGUUUGCAGGGAUGAACAACAUCUUGAAAUAUAUGCAGAUACACAAGUUAGAGACAAAACUAUGAUUGUCUUGAUGUAGUGAUCUGAAAUAUGAGAAAUGGCUCAUCUUACCCCACUCUCCCCUACAGCAGAGUUUACAAACACAGGAACAGUCACUAAUUUCUUAUUCACACACGACCUGCACCUUUGUAACUGUAGUUACCAACUUUACAUCAGUCUGUCUUCUAAGAUACUGAAGGAUCCAGCAGAUCAUAGAUAAGAGCAGCUGUUUAAGUGUCCCACACAUGUGCUCACUGUGAGGUUUAUGGUGAUUUGUCCUCGGCUUGCUGACUUGGCUCAAUGAUUAGUUGUGGCUCAGAGAGUUUAUCUCUCAAGUCUUUGCUGACUCUGUUUCUUCCUCCUCUUUCAGCUCAACCCCUCAGUUAACUCAUUCCAGCGGAAAUAUGUCAAUGAGAUUAAAAAAUGUGAAGAAAUGGAGAGGAUCCUCGGUAAGAAUAUUUCCACCUUUUAUUUUCUGUUUACUAUUUAAGCUCAAACCUUGGGAAGUUCAGUUUGUUUCAGACAAAGUUGGGAACAUUUUUUGGCACAGACGCCUCACUUCACUAAAUUUUAAACUGCUGAACCUGCAGUCAUGAGAAAUGUCAGCUGGUUGUAGAUUUGGUUGAAUGAAAUGCUUGGUUAACUGAAGCCUCCAUUAUUAGAUUAAAUGAAGAGACAGACUCACUGUCAGACAUUUAAGCCAAAAAGACAAUCCAGCCCAGUGUUAUUCAAAGUCCAGUUAAAGUACUUUGAGACCUUUUUUAGUUGUUCUUCUUGUCUUACGAAUGAUUGUCCUUUAACUUUAACAGGAUACCUGCUGAGAGAAGUUAAAAAAGCAGAUAUUUCACUUCCAGAGGGAGACGUGAACCCUGUGGCUCCUCUACCAAAGCACGUUAUGACAAUAAUGGUUUGUACAGUCAUUUAUAAUAAGUAGGAAUUACAAAUUCUUGGGCUGCUAACGUCUGCGAAAAUCUGUAUUUUCUAUUUGAAAUGUUUAAUUUUGUAACACAGUUAAAUCUCUGUGUGUGUGUUUUACAGGAGCAGCUGCAGAGGCUUGAAGUGGAGUUAGGUGAAGUGACCAGGAAUAAAGAGAAGCUGCAGAGGAAUCUGCUGGAGCUGACUGAAUAUACACACAUGCUGAGAAUCACCCGCAACUUUGUCCAGAGACCUUCUGACGUUAGUGUAUCACUCUGAACCGUCAAAACACACUUUUUAACACAUAUCUAACAUACAGCACUAUCGUUUAUGGUUUGAUUUAUUUUAAUAUUCACCUGCCUGUUCUUUGUGCUCAUCUUUAGCGAGAGCCCCUCCAAGUCCAGUAUGAGGAGUUUCCCUUCCUAGAAAAAGACACCAUGAUGGACUACAGCAGCAUGCAGAGGCUGGGAGCCAAACUGGGGUGAGGGAUACUCUUCUACCACCCAUACAAGCUUCAUGUUAUUGUUUGUAAAUUCAGUGUAGAGUUCAUAUCAGGCACUUUUCAUUUGUUGUCUUCUUGUCGCUACACUCACUCACUGACAUACUUUGAAAACACAGCUCACACACACACACACACACACGCACACGCACCCUCGCGCUUGUUGGCAAGAUCUGAAAAUGCAGCUGUGGCUCUUGGCCAAUGACAGUUUGCUCGCACAAACAUCCAUUGUUUACUGUAUUAAAAAGUCGUUUGUGUGGGGAACAGUUUCGACUUGAUGGAAGAAACGAAAAUUUGACUGAAUGUGAGUUUUAAUUGACUCUAAGAUCCAGUGACGGUGAACGUUCAAAGGAAAAGGCAGCUAAUCUCAAAGUCUCAUUUCCUGUAAUCACUACAAAGGCACUCUGUGAAAAGAUCAGAGCCGAGCAGGCAGACUGGGUUUGACUCAGCAGAGCACAAAGUCACAUUAAUAUACAACCCCAACAACAAAAGAGUGGAAAAUUUGAUGGUUUAUGAAUGAUUAAUCAAGACGAACUGAAAUUGGUGCAAAUAAAGCAAAUCAGAUGUUGAAACUGAAACUUAUUCUAUGAAUUUUUUUCCUUUUAUGAAGAUUUUAGGCUAAUUUUAAAACUGAUGCCGGCAACAUGUUUGUUUUUAUUUUAAAAGUUUGGACAGGGACAUGCCAACAGUGGGUUGCAUUACCUCUUCAUUUGUCAACACACUGUAGACGUUUGGGAAAAGAGCAGAUCAGUUCCUGGAGUUUCGCAAGUUUAAUAAUGUUUCAUUCUUGCCUGAACGAGGAUUUCAGUUACUCAACAGCUCUGGGUCAUGAGGUACAAAAUGUUAUUAAUAUGUGACAAGUUAGGGCUGCAUGUAGACCAGUAGAGCUUUCAAAUGCUGUUCUAAUACAUGCAGAAUGUAGUUUAGCAUCUUCUUGCUGUAUUAAGCAAAGUCUCCCUGGAAAAUAAGCAACCAGUGAGGUAAGGUGGUAAGGUGGUAAGGUGGUCCCUCCCAUCUCCCCCAUGAAUUCCAAAAAAAAAGUCAAAUUUUGAUUUGUUAGACCACGGGAAAGUUUGAUCCAUAAAAGGACUCUGGCCUGGAGAGGUCACCCGUGGCAACUCGUGUUUAUAAAUGACUUCCUCUUUGCAUGGUAAAGCGACAAACUGUGAUCAAAGAUGACAGUUUUUAGAUGCAAUUUUGAGCCCAUGCAGUGAAUUCUAGUGCAGAGUCAUGUCUGAUUUUUGAAGCAGUGCUGCCUAAGAGCCUGAACACUUAAUAAAUCUUGUAAUGAUAAUAUAAUCUGUAGAUGAUAUUUUCCUUAUUUUCAGUUGGACUUUUUCAACGAUUUUCAAAACAUCCAAUUGUGUUUUUUUCUCAGUGUCCCACCUCCUCCAGAGUCCCAUUUAUAAAACUGUUCAGGUCAGAGUCACAGAUACUGUGAUGUUAACUGGACUGUUCAGAUAUACUUGUGUCAGUGAUGACGUCCACACUUGCGAACACACUCAGCCCCUCACCAAAGAUUAACCCGGGAAACUUUCAUGCCUGUUAAUUAUUUUGAAACUGUGUGUUUUAAAGUUUGAAUGAUAAUGUGGAGACGUUUGUAAGAGUUCAACGUGAAAAAAAGGAUUUAUAGCAGAUUUCAUGUGGAAGAUAUUCUUGUUUUAAUUCAGUUUGGAGUCGGAUUAACCCUUUUUGAAAGCUGAAAAUGUGAUCAUGUAGCAUUAAAUUGAUCCAGUGUUGAUCUUAGUGUUUUUUAAAGAUAUUUUCAAGUAAUCAGAUAAAAGUUAUCAUAAAGAUUUGAGCUUCCCUGUGGUCUUAAAGUUCUCCUGGUUUUCUUGCAGUUUCAUCUCUGGGCUCAUUCAGCGGGCGAAGAUCGAGGCCUUUGAGCGGAUGCUUUGGAGGGUUUGCAAAGGCUACACUAUACUCAGCUAUGCUGAGGUGGAGGAGUACUUAGAAGAUCCCAGCACGGUACGCUGCACUUACAUGACUAUAGUUGUGUCUUUACUUCACUGCAGUGAGAGAGGAAAGUGUCCUCAGAGACUUUUGUAUGAAUGACAUGUUUUGUCUUUAUCUUACCUCCUGGGUCAGGGUUCGAAGGUUCUUAUCUCUAAACAUCAAAAUAACAAAUCUUCUUGAUAUAGACUCGAUAAUUUUAUUUAUUUAGCUGUAAAUCUGUUUUGAUAAUUCACUUUAGGUUCCAUACAAAGAAUCUCUGUGAGGAGAUCAGAACCAAAGUUUUGUGUAUGUGACAUUUUUGGGACUAAUGUAAGUUUCUGUUUCCAGAGUUUUCUAGAUUGAAUUAAAAUUGAAGUUCAGUGUAAAAAAUGAAACCCUGGAGCAGAUUAAACUAUCAUCAAAAACACUCGGGAUACAGAACAUUAAGAAAUAUUCCAGCUCUGUUUGUGUUGUCUAUAUUUUAGAUAUUGAUGCAGAAGUAUGUGGGUCAGUUAACACAGAUAUAUAUUCUUUUGGUUUUACAGGUUGAAGUUAUCACACCAUCAGCUCAGUCAUUUCCUUUUCUGUGAGCGUUGCCUCAGAGCGAGUGUUGGUAAACUGAAAAACAGGAAAAGAAAAGUCCAGAAACUUGCUGUUCUCAUGAAUGUGGUGAUCUUAUCCGUUCAUAUUGAUGACAGCACUAAUCCACUUAUCCACUCCCUCUGCUCCACCAGAGGGGAGGCAUGCGGGGCUGUGACUGAUCACUUAGGGAAUGUUAGACACACUUAUUCAGAAAAUUGAGAAAAAUUACGAGCAGUCACGCCUUACCUAUUUCACUCUCCAGUUUUCAAACUGCUUGAUUCUAAAAAACAAACGAUUUUGUUGUCUCUGCAUUUGUUGUCUCAGUAUUUUACAUGGCACAUAUUUUCUUAUCUGCUUUCAUCUGCAGGGUGAACCCACCAAAAGUGUGGUGUUCCUGAUCUCCUACUGGGGAGACCAAAUCGGACAGAAAGUGAAGAAGAUCUGUGACUGGUAAUCAAUCAGCAGUUUCCUAAGCUACAAUUAUUGUAAAAUGAAAUAAAUGUUGGAGCAGUUUUUUGUUUUUUUUAAAAGAGUGUAUUAUGUAUUUAUUCCUCCACAGCUACCACUGUCACUUGUACCCGUACCCCAGCAACAACGAGGAGAGGAACGAUGUUGUGGAAGGACUAAAAACUCGCAUUCAGGACCUGCACACGGUACGUCUUAGGGCUGGGCGAUAUGGCUUCAAACCAAUACCACCGUAUAUUGACCAGUUCACCUCGAUAACGAUAAAUGGAGGAUAGCUACUUCUCAAGCUGCUCACCCCCUCCCACCGACGUAGGACAGUGUCUUAAAGGGACAUGAGACCAUAGCCUACACACCUAACCUACACACAUCCAAAACCAACUUUUAUUAUUAUUUUUUUUGACACUGAAUAAAUUGACAUGGACAAAAUGACGCUGGUUACUGUCAUAAAUUUCAGUAUCGGUAAAUUUUCAGUUUAUCGCCCAGCCCUAGUUUGUCUUCAGCUUUUUUGAGGAAUUUAAAAGUGAAUUCAUGACAGAAAAUAUAUUUAUUCUACUCUUGAAUCAAUCUAUGGUAGCACAUGGAUUAUUUAACUAAAAUGUUAGUCUACAAAUCUAAUAUUAUUAAGAGAGUUUAUAAGUUUCUGGAAAUUAAAUAUUCACCCCUCUGUUGUAUCCAGCGAGUCUUUUCACCUCCACCUUUAUAGUUAAAAAAACUAAAAAACAGAACAAACUGAAUGGCUGACUCAUUUUUUUAAAAGAUUAACCCAGUUUUUUUUUUCUUUUUUGUGAGUUUGCUCUGGCAGUUAUUGGGUUUGUCCCAUUUUACCAUGAAGGAUUUGGCAGCUGUAGCCGCUGUGACUGAGAAACAGAAUUGCUCUCACCCUCUGUAGCACAUGACCAACAUGAGACCUCGGCUGAGGGUUGAACUGUUGUUUUUUUUCCUCUUUCAUACAUGCUCUCUCUCACGCCCUCCUUUUCCCUCCUUUUUUUUUGACUGCUCCUCCACAAAAAAACACUCAAAUCUCGUCUGUUAGAAUCACGAGUAUGAAUGUGUCAGUGGGAAUUUUAUGUACAGUAUAAUAAAAUUAUGUGAAAUGCUCCUUUUUGGAAGCUCUUAAAUGUCUUCACUGCUGUCAAAAAACUCUGCACUUCUCUUACUGUGUCCAGGUGCUUCAUAGAACCGAGGACUACCUGAGACAGGUCCUGAUUAAGGCUUCAGAGUCGGUCUACACCUGGGUCAUCCAGGUGAAGAAGAUGAAGGCCAUCUACUACAUCCUGAACUUGUGUAGUUUUGAUGUGACCAACAAGUGUCUGAUCGCUGAGGUUUGGUGUCCCGUCAAUGAUAUUCCCACUCUACGGAGAGCCCUGGAGGAAGGAUCGGUGAGGGAACUCUCCGACUUCACUCUGAACUUUUUUAUCUGAUCAGUAAUCGAGGCGGUUCAUUCAAAUGCAUCAUAAAAGCAGCCGCUGUACUUAAUCUACCCGUUAUUGUUCGAGGGUUUUAGAGAGGGGGAAGGGAAACAGAAACGCCAUUGUUGAUAUUGUGUGUAUUCAGAGUAAAGAAAUAGAUGCCUUAACUGUUGCUACAGAGGUUCUUCUGUACUCUGUCUGGACUCUAAAACUGGCUUCACGCCACAGCUGUGAACCACAAGGAUGUCUUUUUCUCUUUAACUUGCAUGUGCUGCCUGUUUUUAUAAGGCGCUGCCAUGCUGACGUUUUCAUUUCUCAUCUGUUCCCAGAGAAAAAGUGGAGCCACUGUUCCUUCAUUUGUCAAUCGUAUCCCCACCAGCGACACGCCCCCCACCUUGAUAAGGACAAACAAAUUCACGUCAGGUUUUCAGAACAUCGUGGACGCAUAUGGAGUGGGAAAUUACAGAGAGGUUAACCCUGGUGAGAGUAACCCCUGUUUUGUCUUCUCUCUGCAUAUUAACACACGCAUCAGCAGAUCAGACUCCGUGUGCCGCAUGAUAAAGUCCGUUUUAUUACUCGUGAUAAACUGCAGAGCUCAGACCGUUCUAUUCUCACAUAUGCUUCAAAUGUCCUCUUCUCAUUCGAAGCUCCUUUUACAAUCAUCACCUUCCCGUUCCUGUUUGCCGUGAUGUUCGGGGACCUGGGUCAUGGAAUCAUCAUGGCUCUGUUUGCCUUCUGGAUGGUGUUGUAUGAGAACAACCGCAAAGUCAAGAACACCAGGAACGAGGUGAGUUCUGUUUGCACUAUCACUAAUUUCAGGUCUUUUUUUAUUUUUCCAAAUUGAACUGCUUGAGCGAAGCAAACAGCGUGUCAUGAGUGCGUCUGUGCGUGCAUUCAGAUCUGGAACACGUUCUUCGAGGGGCGUUACAUCAUCCUGAUGAUGGGCCUGUUCUCCGUCUACACCGGCCUCAUAUACAACGACUGUUUCUCCAAGUCUUUAAACAUCUUCGGUUCUCGGUGGAGUGUGAAGGCCAUGUUCAAAGCAAAAGUGUGGAAGUAAGUAUUCAGUGCCAAAAAGGAAUAUCCGCGAAACAAAAUAACGCUGUUGAGUGUCAUCCUGAACCACAUGUGCACACCCUUGUGCUUUAUUUUCCCCUUAAUAGGGAUGCAGAUAUCCAUGGAAAUCGGUUACUUACUCUGGAUCCAAAUGUCACAGAUGUUUUCCGCGGACCAUACCCUCUUGGAAUAGACCCAGUAAGUGACGAGUACUGUACGAGUGCUGUAUUAAUGUGGUUCUACAGAGUCUUCAUCAUACUUGCAUCAUCAGAAAAAAGCACGUGUUUGUUUGCUUACCUGCUUCACAAUAACCGUGAGAGUCAGCGCUCAGUGAACCAUGUGUUCAAAUAGUCACUGUCACUUUCUCCUUUCUGAUGCUGUUUCCAAACCUCAGUGUGUCGGAUCAUCGCAGCGAACAGGCUGAUCCAGUGCAGUUUAAUAUGUUAGUACAGUCCUGUGUUUGGAUCGUACCCCAUGUUCAGGGUCACAUUAUACCAAAACCUCUAAACCUCUGAAUCCUGAUGAGACUUGAAUCAGAAUAUUUAAGAAAACUUUUUUUAAAUAGUUGAUGUUUGAUAUGAAAAUGGACGAGGUUUACAUGUAAAUUCAGCUCAACGCAAAUUAAAACAAAAAAAAGGCAGUAAAAAAAAUCCUCAUUGUUGCUUUAAAUCAGGAACAAUCUGGUUUAAUUAGCUGUAAAUUUGUGUUUGUGCUUUAAUUAAAGUUUCCAUAUUGCGUCCGUAAGUGGUUUGCAUAUUAGCAUCUGCUGUCAACAGUUUGAUAUUUGGAUCAUAAUCAAUUGGAUGAAUUUGUCCACACCAAUAAACCAUAAUUAAAUGAUAAAAAGAAUAAAUCCAAACUUUUUUGAACUGCUGAAAUUAGUUUUACUGAACCACUCCAGGUAAAUAAACCUCAACGCCCUCAAUACCAGAAUUUUUGAUCUGAUGAAAUUUGUCUAAAUGUGUCUUUAACAUCAAUUUAUAGAAAACUGUACAUUGUGUAAUACACUGUAUGUUUUUUCUUCCGUAGAUCUGGAACUUGGCGACAAACCGGCUAACAUUUCUGAACUCCUAUAAGAUGAAAAUGUCAGUGAUCAUGGGAAUCUUCCACAUGAGCUUCGGGGUCAUCCUCAGCACCUACAAUCAUGUGUAAGAACCUGUUUUGUUUUUUUCACAAAGUAAACCUCCCACACUUCAGAGGUUUCAUUAACAGGCUCUUUAUUUUGGUUAAAAACAACAGGUACUUCAGGAAGAAGUACAACCUGUACUUGGUUUUCCUCCCUGAGCUCCUGUUCCUCCUGUGCCUGUUCGGUUACCUGGUGUUCAUGAUUUUCUACAAGUGGCUUUUCUUCUCUGUCGAGGACUCCACUGAGGCGCCGAGCAUCCUCAUCCACUUCAUAAAUAUGUUCCUGAUGCAGGGUGACGCUGUGCAGCCUCUCUACCCAGGACAGGUGAGAACAGCAAAGCUGAUCUCGCUCAGACACGAUUAAAGACGUUAUUAAAUGUUGUUGUGCUUCUUCCAGACCGGCCUGCAGAUAUUUCUGGUGGUCAUAGCCGUUCUUACUGUGCCUGUCUUACUCUUGGGGAAACCCGUCUACCUUUACUGGCUUCACAAUGGAAGUCACCGGCUGGGAAUGUACAGGGUGAGGGUUUGAAUCCAUGUCUGACUCCUUGUGUAAAACCUCCUCUGAUGUUUGAUAAAUGAUGAUCUGAUUUUCUCACCCGGGCGGUUUCAGGGAUAUGAGCGUGUGCGGCGAAACAGUGAAGAGGAGCUCUACCUGAUGAGGACUCAUGACAUGGAGGAGGGCAGCAGUCACAGUGAUCUCUCUGUUAGCGGAGAGCGCCAGACAGAAGAGGUGUGCAGAAAAUCAAGCGCAUCAUAAUCCGCCAACUUCAAACCAACACACAGGCUUUAAAUCUGAUUCUUUUGUCUUGAGUUUUGUCUUCUUCUUCUUGUUGUUGUAGUUUGACUUUGCAGAUGAGCUCCUGCAUCAGGCCAUCCACACUAUAGAGUACUGUCUUGGUUGCAUCUCAAACACAGCCUCCUACCUACGACUCUGGGCUCUGAGUCUUGCACACGCUCGUGAGUAUCACUGUAUUUGAAAUAAAACACAGAGGAAGUGAAUCCAUCUCACAGACCUGUCCAAGUACACACACUCUUGAGAAAAAUAGUUAAUAUCCAACUGUAAAUAAUAAUAAUAAUACAUUUUAUUUGUAUAGCUCAAAGACACUUUACAAAAACAUAAAAAUACAGUAGGCAAAAUUAAUAGUAGCAAGCUAAAAACAAGGUAAAAUCAAAUCAAAAGGAUAAAAGAACACAGGUGGGAGGGGCAGAUGUAAGAGGUGGGAUAAUGGUGAGUCAGGGGAGGUCAGGUAAUAAGAGCGAGUGUGAAAAGGUGGGUUUUGAGGGCAGAUUUGAAACUGAUGAGGUCCGGGCAUGCACAGAUGCGUUUAGGGAGGGCGGUCCAGAGGGUGGGGGCGGAGACACUGAAGGCCCAAAUAAAGUGAUAUUCCGGUGUAAAAUUAAUUUAGGGUCAAACACACCGUAACACCGAGUUAGAGACCCCCUCGAGAGAUGAAUGUUGCCGACCGCUUGUUUCUCUAGUUAAACCGACUUUAGUAACGACCGCAGGAUAGCAAUACACAGCGGUCUGAGGAGCCAUAAACAAACCUCAACCAAAACGCCACUCUAUAGCCACAAAUAAUGCUCAGAACAGCACCUAACUUCAUCAAAAGGACAUAUAUCCCUUUAAUGUGUGAAAAGGUUGUUCAUUUGUCCUCUUUUGCUCUCACAGAGCUCUCAGAGGUGCUGUGGACCAUGGUGAUGCGAGUCGGACUACGAAUGAACAGCAUCGUCGGGGUCUUAUUCCUGGUGCCUGUAUUUGGUCUUUUUGCCGUUCUCACAGUGUCCAUCCUCCUGGUGAUGGAGGGUCUAUCUGCAUUCCUACAUGCACUGCGUUUGCACUGGUAAGAAGAGCGUCUGUGUCACUGAGAGGACCAGGGUGCUUAAAGUGAUCUCAGUUUUAUUUAUUUCACAUUUUUGUUUCUUCUCCAGGGUGGAGUUUCAAAAUAAGUUCUACAGCGGCACUGGAUUCAAGUUUUGCCCUUUUUCCUUUUCCCUGCUGCCCUCCAGCUUUGAGCACGAAGGCUUACUGUGAAGAGCGGUCUACUCGUACUUUCAGUGGUAAACAGAGACAACUCAGCAGGCAGCUUGCCAUGAACAUUAAGACAGAUUUAAGAAAUGUUUGAUUUUUAAAAUAAAAACUUUUUAACAUCUUUUCAUAUGAAGAACUUGUGAGGAGAGCGUCACAGACUUACUGCCUUACCAACGGAGCUGUUUUUGUUUUUUUUUAACAGAUUUUUGAGUAUUGCCUCAAAAAUUAUCCUUUUUUCUUUCCUUUUACUGAUUGUAGCAAAGUACUGCUGUCCCAAUCAUUUGCCCUCUCUGCUAGCUGUGAAAUAAUACGCCCCCGCACACAGUCUUUGUGUUGCUACUUCUUAACACUAAGCCUAAGAGCAUACCAAUGUAAAAGGGACUAAAAACACAGAUAGCACAGAGUGUGUUGUUGGAAAAACUGCUGUAUUUGUCUUUGCAAAUUAAAACCUAAAACAUUUUUCGUACCCAAAUUCGUAAAUUAAACAGGAGUUUGUUUUCUGGAAUUGAAAUAUAACAUGAGUCGCAUACACAGUUAGAUCUGUUAAGAGGCAUGUAUUCAUAUCAACUGUCUUUAGCUUUCAUAUGGAGAACAACUUCCACCCAAAGUUACAGCAGAUAAGGAAAAAACUUCACUUCAAUGGCACCAUUGUUUGUCCAAAUUCACAGCAGCUAUAAGGUUAAAUAAGUUCAUACUGUUUUCUUUUUAAAGGAUUCAACACCCUUCCCUCUGAAAAUAACUGAUUAUCGACUUCAGUGUUUUUGUCUCUUCUGUGUCUAGUUAUUUGUAAAGAUGGUAUAACUUUGACGGUUACGCUUCAAGCAGAUCAGUUUUCCUUAUUGCGGGCAGCGAGCAACUCUUUAGAAAUGAAACUCUAACUAAGCAUUUUAUUGCACUGACAGCCUCACAGAAGUCCAACCAAACGACGACAUACUGUAUCUUUACUCUUCACUCUCUCUCUUUUUUUUUUCACUUUGUGGUACCAAAGCACUGCAAAGGAUCUGUGACUCUUCAGUACUGAACAAUACUGAGGCAGGGGUGUUCCCAUGAGAUGUAUAUACCGAUAAAGAAUUACUUUUUAAUUUAUUAAGUUUUAAAAUAUUACAGCAGAAUUGAGUAUGAAUGUAAAUAGCAGAUGAUUUAACAUGUAUGCAUUCACAGUGUUGCCUAUGGGUCUGCCACUUACUGUAAGACUUAACAUUCCUCCUCUGGACAACUCAAUCAUUCAUUUUGUUGAUUCAACUCUACUCGUUUUCUGAGAUUUCUGCUAUCAAAUUCUGCACAGGGGCUCAGCUGUAUCGAAUUCAGUGAGGUCAAGAUGAAAUAAAUAAUGUUGGGCUUUUGUAGUUUUUGUUAAUUUUAUGAUUUUAUUUGAUGAUGUCAGCGGCAGUAAGAUGCUGUCACAGUUUAAAAGUCUCAACUCUGUGCCUGAGGUUCUGAAAAUGAACAGUAUGUGGUAAAAUAUUGAAAAUACAACUCUUGAGCCGGCUGAUCUACUGAGUAGAGUAGUGGUUAAUGAGCAAAUUUUGCCUUUAGUUAGCAGUAAUGAAUUACCUGGGUUGGUUCAAGUGGUUUUGUAGUUUGUUUUUUUUCUUUUGCAGUUAAUUUUAAGAUUUUAAAUCUUUAGAAAACACUCCAUGCUGAACUUCUUUUGGAGGAUCCUCAUUUCAAUAAUAAACUGCACUUCUUUGA